AUGCCCCCCGUAACGCGACACGCCGCCCGCGCCUGCACGCCAGUACAGAGCACCCCUCCUGCAUCACCCAACACUCGAAGCAAGCUCAAGCGCAGCGCGUCCACCGCGUCGCUCCCCAGCCCACCUCCGACAGUCAGACGCAAGUCGCGUACAUCUAAAGCCGCUGUCUACUCAUCUUCCGAGGACGAAGCUGGCGAGCUUCCUGUCGUCGCCCUUCGUGCCACGCCCACCCGCGCUGCGCUUCCGCGCCUCAACCUCGCCAAGAUCAUCGAAGAGGGCGAGGGAACGGAGCAAGAAGACGAGGGCAAGGCGCCGCACGAAGAAGCCAAGGAUGAGACUCGUCGGCCCCUCAAGAAGAGACGUCUGAGCGACCUCGUCACAGAGCUCAACAGCCAAGUGAAGGGGGCCAGCGAGGCCGAGGACGCGUUCUGGCUCGAUUCCAAUCACCCGCGUGCUGGCACCUCCAAACCCUCGCCCUCGAAGAAGCCCAAGUCCAGCUCGAACGCAGAGUCCGAUGCGGAGGACGGGAAAAAGCACCCCUCCCGCGUCGCUCAGGCCAAGGAGGGCGCCUACUCCCUCGCAUCUCCUCCGCCUUCCCGUGUACACCGGUCUACGACCAAGACCAAGACGGCGAAGCCUCGCAGCAAGACGACCACCAUCAAGGGUCUGAAGAGUAUCCUCAAUCCUCGAGCGAAGACUCAAGCAAGGCUCAAGGACCCGAGUGGCGUCAAGAACAAGGUCCCCGUUCGCGACCCUGUCAACAACCCCUUCCUCUCGGAUUCUCUCGAGGCUCCCCCACCCAAGCGUCAGAUACCGUACAACCAAAUGCCGACACUGACAUAUGUCUUCCGUGGUAAACGCCAGGAGUUCCAGAAUCCGGAGUAUAAGGCUCCUCCUGACCCUCGUACUCGGCUGCCCAUCGAUCACGAAGAUUAUGUUGCCUCGGAGGAUAUCAAGCCUCGUAGGUUGUUCGGGGUCUAUUCCAAGCUUGAUCUCGAAGCUUGGGACUCGGACGAUGAAGAAGGGCCCGCCGUUCCUCUUGCGCCUCCAUCGCCGAAGAAACGUGCGCGCACUCCUGAUGACCCCGAGUCCGAGCAAGAGAGAUCAUCGGACAGGGAAUCGAGCCCGGUCGCCUCCAGCUCCAAGAAGGUCGACGUCAGAGAUGAGCUCGAGGAAGAGGAGCGGGAGCGAAGGGCGGCCAUCAGGCCUGUAGUGCCGUCCAGGAGGCCUGCUGCCCACAACGACCGUCAGAAGCGGCCGAUGCCCGUCAGGAUCUCCUCUGCCGUGCGCGAGAUGAGUGCUUCCCUCUUCAAGGAGAGGCGGUGA